AUGCGGUUCCUGGCUUCUAUCCUCGGGGCUUCGGCUGCCUGGCUUGUUGAUCAGGCUUGUGCUACCAGCCUUUCUGCGCUAGAGAAUGGAUUCAACUCUCCAGCUAGUAUCUCUGCUCGUACUCGAGUUCAGAGGCCUACUCGAUGCCCCAGUCAAUGCAACAGCUAUGACACCGCACAGUGGUUUGUCUACCCAAGUGCUUCAAGGGUUGCUCGCUGCAACGAGACAAUGCUGUUGGACUUCACGGUCUACAACCCAUUGAAUGACAGCGACAGGCGUCAUACAAUCCGCAGUUGCGUUGCAAAUAAAACUGGUACGCUGAAAAAUGCUAUAGGAGCCACAUCAUGCUGCCUAGUCUCUUCACAGUCCGAAACUACGUACCAGGUUGGGUCAUGGAGUACCCCAAGCUCAACGGUCUCCAACAGCUCCAGUGAGGGCUCGUCUGUGUUACAAGAUGUCUCGGCAUACAUGACGGGGAACUGCCAGAAGUCGUCGAUCUUCGCGUUCUCUGAGUGUGCACACAUCGCAGUAGGAAUGUAUGUCGGUGGCAGUGUCCACCAUCCCCAGAACAUCGACUCCGCGGUGAAAGAAGUGGCCAACGUACUUCAAGACACAAGCUCUUAUCAAAUCGACCUCAACGGCGAUCUUGCAGCUGUUCAGCAACAUGUGCAAACUUGGAGCGAUGGCGAUUGCGUCUCCGGGUUCACCACGAUUAAUAAUAACUCUUCCGCAGCGCUCCAGCGCCGUUCAACCUGUUCGUAUUUGAAGGUAGUUUGGGGAGAUUUGUGUGCUUCCCUUGUCACUGAGUGUGGAAUCACCGCCGACGAGUUUUACGAAUACAAUCCGGCUUCUGAUCUCUAUUCAACCCUUGCGAUCGGACAAUAUGUCUGCUGCUCAGCAGGCAGUCUCCCUGACCUAGCGCCAUCUUCUUACGCGAACGGAACUUGCUACACAUAUGAUGUGCAAUCCGGAGACACGUGCUCCAGAAUCGCAGCUGACUAUACGCUGACUGUGGAUGACAUCGAUAGCUUCAACUUCGAUACUUGGGGUUGGUACGGCUGCGAUGAUCUGCAAGCCGGUUCAUCUAUAUGCCUUUCGAAUGGUACUGCACCCUUGCCACUUCCAAUAGCCAACGCGGUUUGCGGUCCUCAGGUCCCAGGAACCAACUUCACAGGCACUACUAACGCCGGCGAAUGGGCCGCUUUGAAUCCUUGUCCUAUCAAUGUGUGCUGUGAUAUUUGGGGCCAGUGUGGAAAUACUCCUGACUACUGUAACUAUACUUUGGCUGCCAGUGGAGCUCCUGGUACAGUACCUCCUGGCUCUAAUGGCUGCAUCUGGAAUUGUGGAACCACAAUCAUCAAUGACGCCACAGAGCCUGCGGCUUAUUCAAGUGUUGGAUACUUUGAAGCAACGAACAUUGACCGGCCUUGCCUGGACAUGAAUGCCUUCACCAUUGGUCCGGAAAGUUAUACACACGUUCUUUUCGCCUUCGGAAACAUCACCUCGGACUUUGCAGUCAGUGUCGCCGGUGCAGAACAGCAAUUUAAUUAUUUCACUGAAUUGGUCGGCAUGAAGCGCAUCAUCUCUUUCGGUGGCUGGGAUUUCUCAACGGACCCUGACACCUAUAUGAUCUUCCGCGAAGGUGUCACCGCGGCCAACCGUGAUACAUUUGUUGAGAAUGUAGCCAACUUUGUCACCGGAAAUGAUCUUGAUGGAGUGGAUUUUGACUGGGAGUAUCCAGGUGAGCCUGAUAUUCCAGGAAUCCCCGCAGGCAGCGAUGAAGACGGCUCCAACUACCUGGAAUUUCUCACUGCAAUGCGUGCGGCUUUACCAGACAAGUCAAUCUCUAUCACUGCUCCGUCCUCCUACUGGUACCUAAAAGCUUUCCCUAUCGUGGAGAUCGCCGAGGCCGUGGAUUUCAUCACUUACAUGACGUACGAUUUGCAGGGAGUUUGGGACCUUGAAGAUAAAUGGGCCCAAGACGGCUGCACAGCGGGGGAUUGCUUGUUCAGCCAUGUCAACCUGACCGAAACGAUGUGGGCGCUUUCCAUGAUCUCCAAGGCGCCCGUGGCCACCAGUAUGAUAAUGGUAGGCGUUGCCAGCUACGGCCGCUCUUUCGAAAUGACUACAGUGGGCUGCUGGACCUCGUCUUGUACCUGGGAGGCAGCUGGUGAGGCAGAGCCAUGCACACAAACAGCAGGCUACAUCUCCAAUGCCGAAAUUAAUCAGAUCCUGCAGGAGAAUUCUAAUGCACAGUCGCUCUAUAGCAGCGGUGACUCCUCCAAUAUCCUAGUCUACAAUGAUACCCAGUGGGUAAGCUACAUGAGCAGCGCGAAUAAGGCCAAUCGCAUGGCGUACUACAAGACUUUCAAUUUCGCAGGAACCGGCGAGUGGGCGAUCGACUUGGAAGCAUUUGAACCAUAUGUGUCUUCGUUCAGCAACAGCACCAGUCCUGGACUUACAUUGGAGGAGUUUAGCAGUGAUCCAGGUGGCGAGACAUUGGAUGUCGACACAGACAUUCCAUGCUACAGCGUGAGCCCAAGUAUGAAUACCAGUACUGAACUUGAGAGUGUCGUGGUUUUGGGGUCUAUCUAUAUUGAUGAAAUUUUUACUGAAUACGCAGGUGACCCAACGGAUUGGGUAUUCCAGAUGACAAGCGGUCAUCUACAUGAUACAUGCGCCUCCUUCCCAUCGACAGGAAGCGGCUACUGCUCUGAUCUGGAUGAACAAUGGUGUUUUGAUGGCACUAUAACAAGUGGCCUGUAUUGGGCGUCGUUCCUGGCUUCAGAGCUUUAUGCCACUUGGGUUCAAUGGUACGACGCUUUCAACCAGGCUAGCUUUCUCAGCUUCCUUGAUAUAUCGACCAUCGCUACAACCUUCACGCCUACGACGGUAGGAAAUAGUUUGAGCUUUGGCAGCUUUCUUAGUAGCUUUUCCACCGCACUCGGUAUAGGCACCAGUGUGCUUCCGGAUCCCACAGGUUUAUUCGGUGACUUCAGCUCGGGAAUCAGCACCAUUGAGAGCAUCAUCGGUCUUUUCCCCUCGGAGUCCGAUUUUACUCUCCCGGCUGAGUCUGAUCUUGAAACAGGUAUGUCUGUCAUGCUGGGGACGCUGGUAAACUCGACUCUAUAUGCCUUGAGCAAUCUUUCCAUCGCAGUCUUCGAAAAUCCGAACGAAGCCGCCACCAAGAUUUCGGCUGAUCUGAUCGAUGGGCCAUUCACUCACCCUCUUGCCAACUAUUUCUACAACGCAAAGACUGUAUCCACAAUCAACACUGGAAAUUUUACGGCCCUGAUAAACAAAAUCACCAGCACAAUAGAAAAGUACCUAGUUGGUGCUGCUCUCGCUGAUGGCGACUAUUAUGUGGUGAAAGUCACAGUUAUCAGUGAGGCCGAUUGCACUGACGUUGCCGAAUACUACAUGAAUGACGCCUGCUACAAGCUAGCCUACCCUGGCUCAUCCACAUCUGUAGCUGGCCAGUCCAUACAGGCCGAAGCCAGCAACACCACCAUCACCAACAUCGAGAGCUACGAUAUUAAUGUCGCAGACAUGAUUCAGAACUCCGAGGCCUGCCAGAACGCUACUGGAGUUUACUACGGUGCUGUGGAUGUCAAUGUCACCGAUGUGGCUUCAAGCGGCACUCUCCCUGCUUGCUUUUACAACCUGCCUGUCUUUCAGCUUCACGAUGUCACCCUUACGUCUUCGUCGGGUGGUGACUGCCAAACUUACACCCCUGCUGGUGAAUUCAGCCCCUGCUAUAUCACCUUUUACCAGAAUGGCAGCACGUCCACGGUCACUGCCGGGCAAACCUAUCUGCCAACCAACUUGCAGUCGGCCUUCACUGAAAAGUACUGUACUUGUGGUUACACACCACCCUGCGAAGGAACGAUGAAUGGAACGACCAAUGGAACGACCAAUGGAGUUAAUAUCGUGCGCUAG